UAGAGAGAUUUCUCUCCACACGGCAAAGCUAGCCAUCCACCACCUUUGCUUGCAUUCACUCGCCAUUACUGACGGACCUACCAACUGUAGGGCGUAGGCGCAAGCACCACUCCACUGUUGCAGUUCUCAAAUGCUUGCACUUGGCUUCCGCUCAUGCUCAUAAAAAAGAACCGCUGCUAACGUUGCGAAUGCCCUGAUAUAGCAAGCUGUUCGGCCGCCGGCGCGAAGAACAUGGAGUCCGUGGUGGUGGCCGGAGAUCUGGCCGCUGCACCGGCGCCGGCGACGCCGAUGUGGUUCGUGGCGCUGGUCGCCGUCGGCCUGCACGCGGCGGUCGUGUGGGCGGGGACGUUCCUCGCGUGGCUCCGCCGCGCGUUCCUCCGGCCCGGGAAGGGCCUGUGCCGGCGGUACGGCGAGUGGGCGGUGGUCACCGGCGCCACCGACGGCAUCGGACGCGCGGUGGCGCUGGAGCUGGCUCGCCGCGGGCUCCACCUCGUGCUCGUGGGGCGGAACCCCGGGAAGCUGUCGGGCGUCUGCAAGGAGGUCCGCGCAGCGGCGCCGGCGUGCAAGGUGAGGACCGUGGUGUUCGACCUCGCCGCCCCAGGGGACGACGACGUCGGGGGCGGCGAGCUGUCCCGCGGCGUGGCGAGGGUGGCGGCGGCCGUGGAGGGGCUCGACGUGGGGCUGCUCGUGAACAACGCCGGCGCGACGUACCCGUGCGCGGCGUACUUCCACGAGGUGCCCGACGCGGUCUGGGAGGCGGUGCUGCGGGUGAACGUGGUGGCGGCGACGAGGAUCGCGCGCGCCCUCGUGCCGGCCAUGGCGGCGAAGGGGAGGGGUGCCGUCGUCAACGUCGGCUCCGGCUCCUCCGUCGUCGUGCCGGCGUUCCCGCUCUACGCCGUGUACGCAGCGACCAAAGCGUAUGUUGACCAAUUGUCUCGAAGUCUACAUGUUGAAUACAAGCAUCACGGAGUGGAUGUGCAAUGCCAGAUACCAUUAUAUGUCGCCACAAAGAUGUCACCUGUCCAGGGUAACUCGCCGUUUAUACCAUCACCCGAGGAGUACGCCAAGGCUGCUGUCCGCUGCAUCGGUUAUGAGCCAAGAUGUGUCCCCUACUGGCGCCACUCGAUCCAGUGGUUCUUUGCAUCUCUACUGCCAGAUUCUGUUCUGAAUCUAUGGCGUCUCCAGGUUGGAAUCCGGAAGAGAAAUCAGAUGAAGGUUCUGCUUGGUGAGAGCGAUCAUGGAUUCAGUUAAACUGCCAUAAAUGUUGGUUUUGUGAAGUGUGUGUUAAUCUAUUCGAACAAAAUAGUAUAUACAUCAAUCUGGGAUUUGGGUAGUAGUAUAUACUUCGAUGAGUUAUGUGCUGAAUAUAAUGGAAUGGCAUUUAGUGUUUGUUUUGAACUUUGGGUAGUGGUUUUGUUUGCACCUCUAGCACUAUUUUUUAUUGGUUUGUGCGAGUUGGAAUUAUUAGUACUUUUCCAUUCAGUGUAAUCGAGAAAUAAACAAUGUAAAAUAUGAUGAUGAAUCUUAGUAUUCCCUCCAUCCCACACGCCCUAGUGUGGAUUUGGUCA